GGAGCAGCCCGGGGCAGUCGGUACUCGGCUCUGCUUCGCAUCAUGGCACCACGCACCGGAAACUUGACGGCCAAGUUCAGACUUCAUAAGGUUCCAGAGAGGGACGCUGAAUUUAUCAGGAGAAAGCUAGAAGUCUGCCCGUUCCGCCCAAUUUUUGUGUCAUUGGCGUUAUGUGGACAAGUGCCCAUCCAACUGGCUCCCCCAUAUUUUCCAAGCAAGAGUCUCUUUGGAUCAACGCUUCUUUAUUGCAUCGGCGUAAAUGCCGUUGUGAUCACAUGCACCGUCCGACUGCUCUAUCAAGUCAUCCCGCUGAUCUUCGGGUCCGAUCCGGUCAUAAACUUGAACGAAAAGCUUCAGUUAUUGCAUUCCUUGCUGGCGGCUGCCCCCAUCGUAUUGGUUCCGUUCGUAUGGAUCCUGUGUUCGGAUUAUGAGGAGAAGGUCAUUCACUUCUCCAAGUACCAGAUUGAGCACGAGGCAUUAAUGGGAAGGGAAUUGGACAACAGUAGGGUCAAUAAACGUAACCGGAAGAUUACGUUCAUGAUUUACGUCGGGAACGUGGUUCUGCUGGGUUCCAUGACCUACUACGGAAACAUCCCUCUUCACUUUUUACCGACCUACUUUGCCAGUUCCAUUGUCUGCUACAAUGCGACGCUCUGGUACACCACGUGGCUUGUCAUUCUCCGACAGGGAGCGGCACAGAUUCUCCACCAUCUGAAGACUCCGCUGAAGGGCCAGUCUGCUUCCCACGUUCAACACGUGAGAAAGCUGUGGAUCCGGCUUCGAGAAAACUUGGAGGGGUGCUCCACCCUGCGAUUGCUCAUUUUCUCUAUUCUCAGCAUCAUGUUUUUGGUCCUGACACUGUCGCUGUACCAAGUGAUCCAGUUUCGGUGCAAGGCGCACUAUGACAAGGCAAUCAGUCAGGGUGUCGUCUGCUGCGCGAUGCUGGGGCACAUUUUCUUCCUUUGCAACGAGUCGCACCGAUGCAUGGUCGAGUUGAAUGACGCCUUUAUACGAGGGCUGGACCAGAUCGCUAUGACGGCGACGGGAGAGGAGACAAGCAAGGCAGUGAGUACACACAUGAAUUCAGAAGUGCAAAAGUGUGGCAAAACUCCUUUAAUACGUAGUAAUAAUUUUGCCCAUUCAAAGAUCCAACUAUUCUAUUUGAGUAUUACCGCAAAACCGGCGAAAGCAUCGCUGUCUGGGUUCAUGAAUUGCAACCGCCCUCUUAUGACGACGAUCGUGUCUUCGAUAGUUACGUACCUCGUUGUUCUCGUGCAGUUCAAUACUAGUGAAAACCCGUAGGUAGAGGAUAUUGCGUCAUCUAUCAACAAUGCAUGAUCUUCAGCAACCAACACUAUGCAGAAAAAAGUCAACCCCUCACGGGCUUGCCACUUUAUUUGUAAAUUAAUAAAAAAGCAAUAUCCAAUUAAAAGCUUGGCCUCUCUUCCUCAAUCGGAUGGCUUAUCUGUGUAAUGUCACCGGUAUCUGCGGCCGAGUGACUUCCGGGCCGCUUAGGGACGCGAAGGGGGGCGUCCUGAUGUAAUCGUGCUAUUGAUUGGGUAGGUAGGCACGGACGGGCUGACCGGCCGCCCUGCCAGUUAGGCAUGGCCAGGUCGCAGUCCGACAAUGGCCCUGGCCGAGUCGCUGCUCUACAGUGGCCUCAGCGCGCUGUUCUCCGUGCUCUGCUGGUUCAUCCGC